UUUCACUGAGGCUUUCCCUUAAAGACAUGGAAAGAGGAGCAGCUCUCACUGUCUGAGUUCUUCUGCUCUGCUCUGAGAUAGAGAGAGAGCUGCGCAGCCGGGAGGCGCCUGUUCACCACACACUCUCUCCUCUGACCAUCAACAGAUUAAUUCAUGUGCUGCUGACUCUCCAUCUAAAAAAAUGAAGAUCAGGCUGUCAGUGGCCGCUGCGGCCUUCCUCACUCUAUUACUAAAUACAGCACAGGCUCAAGUGGAACCUCCCUCAGACUUGAAAUUUAACAUCCUAAGUGAAAACACAGUGCAAAUGUCAUGGAAGAGGCCAUCAUCUCUGAUACAAGGCUUCAGAAUACAAGUUGUUUCAGAUACAGAUGAUACUAAAGAUCUGACUCUGCCUGCCUCGGCCACAAGCACAGAAAUUACAAAGCUCACUCCGGACGUUGAUUACUCAGUAUCAAUCAACUCCUUUUAUGGCUCAGAUGAAAGCAUACCCAUAUUUGGUCAAAUAACAAUUCAGUCCAGUAAUGCGAGUGGAACAGCCAGACAACCGCAGGUUACAGAUGCUGUCAAGUGCUCAGUGGGCGCUAUAGCAGAUCUGGUUUUCCUGGUGGAUGGUUCCUGGAGUGUGGGAAGGGAAAAUUUCAAAUUCAUCCGGAGUUUUAUUGGGGCCAUGGCGGGAGCUUUUGACAUUGGAGAGGAUAAGACCAGAGUGGCUGUGGUGCAGUACAGCACAGACACCAGGACAGAGUUCAACCUUAACCAGCAUUUCAGACGAGCAGAUCUCCUCCGGGCCAUCAAGAACCUGCCUUACAAAGGGGGCAACACCAUGACAGGUGAAGCCAUGGAGUAUCUGGUGAAAAACACUUUCACUGAAGCUGCUGGAGCCAGGAAAAGUUUCCCCAAAGUGGCCAUGAUCAUCACAGAUGGAAAAUCUCAAGAUCCUGUGGAUGAGUAUGCCAGAAGACUGAGGAACAUAGGAGCUGAAAUAUUUGUCUUGGGCAUCAAAGGUGCUGAUGAGGAGGAACUAAGGGAAAUAGCCUCUACACCUCACAACAAGCAUAUAUACAGUGUGUCUGACUUUGAUUUAAUUAAGGAAGUACAGCAGAGGCUCAUCAGAGAGGUGUGUUCUGGUGUGGAGGACCAGCUCAGCUCCCUUGCGAGUGGAGAAGAAGUUGUUGAACCAGCUUCAAACCUCCAAGUGACAGAGAUCUCUUCCAAGUCCAUGAGAGUUACGUGGGACGCAUCCCCAGGUGAUAUUACCGGCUACAAGCUGCAGCUCAUACCCAUGCUUGCUGGCAGCAAGAGACAGGAGCUGUAUACUGGACCCAGCCACACAUCUGUGAAUGUCAGGGACCUGUCCCCGGAGACGGAGUACGAGAUCAGUUUGUUUGCACUUAAGGGUCUUGUCCCCAGUGAGCCAGUACUGGCCAUGGAGAAGACUCAGCCCGUCAAAGUGUCAACAGAGUGCUCUCUGGGAGUGGACGUUCAGGCCGAUGUCGUUCUGCUGGUUGACGGUUCAUACAGCAUAGGACUGGCUAAUUUUGCCAAAGUGAGGUCUUUCCUGGAAGUGCUGGUCAAUUCCUUUGACAUUGCACCCAAUAAAGUUCAGCUCAGCUUGGUGCAGUACAGUAGGGACCCUCACACUGAGUUUGCCCUCAACAAGCACCACGACAUUGCUGCAGUGGUGAAGGCCAUUCGCACCUUCCCCUACCGAGGAGGCUCCACCAACACUGGCAAGGCCAUGACCUACGUGAGGGAGAAAAUCUUUAUAAACAGCCGAGGCGCCCGUGACAACGUACCGCGAGUCAUGGUACUCAUCACUGACGGCAAGUCCUCUGACUCUUUCAAAGACCCUGCAGCUAACUUGAGGAACUCAGACGUUGAGAUCUUCGCUGUGGGGGUUAAGGAUGCUGUGCGCUCUGAGCUGGAGGCCAUCGCCAACCCCCCUGCUGACAACCAUGUGUUUGAGGUGGAAGACUUUGAUGCCUUCGCAAGGAUUUCCAAGGAGCUGACUCAGUCCAUCUGCCUCAGGAUAGAACAGGAGCUCCUCAACAUCAAAAAGAGAAGUUUGCUUCCACCAAAGUCCUUAUCAUUCUCAGAGAUAACAUCCCGGAGCUUUAGGGCCACUUGGGUCUCUGAUUCCCAAGAUGUUCUGUCAUUCCUGGUGCGUUUCCGCCCAGCUGCUGAUGUCACCGGAGACUACGUCUCUAUGGCUGUGCCCGCUGACACCACGACUGCCAUCUUGCCGCACCUCACCCCACUUACCACCUAUGAGGUUAACGUCUUUGCUCAGUACGACAAGGGAGACAGCUUUCCAUUAACGGGAGAGGAGACCACUUUAGAAGAGACAGGAGGUGUUCGAAACCUCAGAGUAACAGAGGAGACCACUGACAGCUUCCGAGUGUCGUGGCAAGCAGCUCCCGGCUCUGUUCUGCGCUAUAGGCUGUUCUACGAGCCUGUGAGUGGUGGAGACAAGCUAGAGGCAGAGACUGAAGGCAGCCAGACCACCAUCGUGCUGCAGGAGCUGUUUCCCAUCACCACCUACCGUGUGACUGUUGUUGCUGAGUAUGCAUCUGGAAUGGGCCCCCCAAUGAACACUCUUGGCACCACCAAAGAAGCUAAGGGCUCUCCACGCGAUCUGAGGGUGUUUGAGGAGACCGAGACCACCAUGAAGCUCUCAUGGCAAGCUGCUCCUGGAAAUGUGCUUCAGUAUCGCAUAGCCUACAAACCUGAGGACGGGGAGAGGAAAGAGAUUGCUGUUAAGGGAGACAACACGGCGACCAUGCUCAAAAAUCUGUCACCAGGCACGGAAUAUGAGCUCUUCGUUAGUGCCCGCUACUCCUCUGGCCUCGGAGACCCUGUCUUGGGAAAAGGCACCACAUUAGAAGUCCUUGGCUCUCCUAAAGACUUGGUCACUAAGGAUGUCACUGAAACCAGCUUUGUUGCCUCCUGGACCCCGGCACCUGGCAAUGUCCGUUCUUACCGGGUCGCCUGGAAAUCCCUAUUCACUGAGGAGGCUGGGGAGAAGACGGUCCCGGGUGAUGUCACCACCACAGUGUUGGAUGGGCUGACUCCGGAGACACGCUACAAGGUCUCUGUGUAUGCAGCCUAUGGCCGUGGAGAAGGAGAGCCGCUGGUGGGAGAGGAAACCACAGAUGUGUCAGCUGCAGCCAAAGCCAUUACUGUAACUGAAGAGACGGAGAGGAGCAUGCGCGCCACAUGGCGACCGGCACCCGGCAACGUGGUUAAUUACCGAGUGUCAUACAAGCCUCAUGAUGGCGUACGCCCAAUGGUCACCAAAACACAGCCCGGCACCACCACUGCUGUCUUGCGGCGACUUCAGCCCAUUACCACCUACGAUAUUGUAGUGGUUCCUGUCUACAAGCAUGGAGAUGGACGAGCAAGACAAGGAGAGGGAACCACAUUAUCAUUGUACAAAGCUCCAAGAAACCUUCAAACAUCUGAACCCACUAAGACCAGUUUCAGGGUCACAUGGGACCAUGCGCCUGGAGAUGUGAAGGGCUAUAAAGUGACUUUCCAUCCUAUCGAUAAUGAGGUGGAUUUGGGAGAGCUGGUCGUCGGUCCAUUUGACAACACUGUGGUUUUAGAGGAGCUCAGAGCUGGAACUAAGUACACGGUCAGUGUGUUUGGAGUGUUUGAUGGUGGAGAGAGCAUGCCCUUGGCUGGAGAGGAAAAGACCACUCUCUCUGAUGAGCCUUCUACUCCAGUAAUUGAGGCUUCAGAUGUGGUGUGCAAAACCACUGCCCAGGCUGAUAUAGUUCUGCUCGUGGAUGGCUCUUGGAGUAUCGGACGUCUGAACUUCAAGACCAUCAGGGCCUUCAUUGCUCGCAUGGUGGGCGUUUUUGACAUUGGCCCAGAUCGUGUUCAGAUUGGUUUGGCUCAGUAUAGUGGAGAUCCAAAGACUGAAUGGCAUCUAAAUGCACACAGAACAAGGGACUCGCUGCUGGAGGCUGUGGCCAACCUGCCGUACAAAGGAGGAAACACACUGACAGGCCUUGCCUUGAAUUAUAUCCUGCAGAACAAUUUUAAAGCUAACGUGGGCAUGCGUCCAAACUCCCGUAAAAUUGGUGUUCUUGUCACUGACGGCAAAUCUCAGGAUGACAUUAUCGCAAACUCUCAGAAUCUGCGUGACCAGGGCAUUGAGCUCUAUGCGAUCGGUGUGAAGAAUGCUGAUGAAAACGAGCUGCGCUCCAUUGCCUCUGAUCCUGAUGAAAUUCACAUGUAUAACGUGGCGGACUUCUCCUUCCUGCUGGACAUUGUUGACGACCUGACAGACAAUCUCUGCAAAAGUGUCAAAGGAGGAGGAGUGGCAUCACCUACUGACCUGGUGACCUCUGAGGUGACCUACUUCUCAUUCCGCGCCACCUGGACCGGACCUGAGGGCCCUGUUGAAAAGUACCGUGUGGAGUAUGUGCCGGUAGCUGGAGGCGAAACUGAGCAGCUAUUUGUGGAUGGGGCAGUGACCACCGUGGUGCUAGAGGGACUGGAUCCAUUGACAGAGUACUCAGUGAGCGUUUUCUCUGUGGUUGGAGAGGAGAGCAGUGAGCCACUCUUGGGCGCAGAAACCACACUGCCUUUAAGUUCGGGGAGGAGUAUGACCAUCUACAAACAGCGUACCACCAGCAUGAGGGUGAAAUGGGAGCCCUCUGAAGGAGCAACGGGCUAUGUGGUGCUUUACAUCGCAAAAAAUGCCACUAAGCCUACCACCGAACAAGAGAUUCGUGUGAAAGCCAAGAUCACAGAUGUCCAGCUGAAGGAGCUCAUCCCCAACACAGCCUACACCAUCACUGUCUACACCUUACGUGGCACAGCGACCAGCGACCCUCUUACAGAUCAGGGGGUGACCCUGCCCUUGCCUCCCGCUGGUGAGCUGAGGAUAAGAGAUGUCACCCACAGCUCCAUGAUGCUACACUGGGAUGCUGCGCCUGGCCUUGUGCGCAAGUAUACCAUUACUUACAAACCGGAGGAAGGAGAGCUAAAAGAGCUUGAAGUAGAUGGAGAUCUGACGACGACAAAACUGGAAAACCUCAGGUCUCAGACUGAAUAUGACGUGGCUGUAACUCCAGUGUAUGACUCUGGACUCGGAAGUUCAAUGCUCAACCAAGCUGUCACAGAUGUUGUCCCAGCGCCAAAGAACCUGAGGUUCUCUGAGGUAACACAGACAAGCUUCAGGGCACAUUGGGAGCACGGUGCCCCAGAUGUAGCUCUCUACCGAAUCGGCUGGACAAAGUCAGGAGAAAACAACUGGAUAUAUGAUAUCCUAAGCAAUGAAGAUACCACUCACCUCUUGGAGAACCUAGACCCAGAUACCCUGUAUGAUGUCUCUGUCACUGCUAUUUAUCCAGAUGAGUCAGAGAGCGAGGACCUUCUUGGAAGCCAGCGGACAUUAUCCAAGGUAGUAAUUACACCUCCUCCCAACGGCCCCCCUCAGAACCUGCAGGUGUACAACGCCACCACCACCUCACUCACAGUAAAAUGGGACCAUGCUCCAGGCAAAGUGCAGAACUACAGGAUCACAUACGUGCCCGUAGCAGGAGGCAGGACCCAGACGACGAUGAUCGGUGGGAAGAAGAACACAAUCAAUCUGCAGAAGCUGACCCCUGACACCCCCUACUCCAUCACUGUGGCAGCCAUAUAUGCAAACGGAGAUGCCAAGGACAUAUCUGGGGAAGGAAAAACGUUGCCUCUUGGAGGAGUGAGGAACCUGCGAGUGACUGAUCCCACCAUCAGCACUCUGAACGUACAGUGGGAGCCAGCUGAAGGCAAUGUGCGCCAGUACAGGAUCCUAUAUCAGGCAGCUACCGGAGGCCCGGAGGACAUGGAGCAAGUCUCUGGGAGGACUUUCAGUACUGUGUUGAAGGAGCUUCAGUCUGACACCGUCUAUGCUGUCACUGUAGUGCCAAUAUAUGCUGCAGGAGAGGGGAAUCGCAUCACUGAGAAUGGAAAGACAUUGCCUCUUGGAGGAGUGAGGAAUCUUCGAGUCACUGACCCCACACCCAGCACUCUGAAUGUGCAGUGGGAGGCGGCUCCAGGCAACGUGCGCCAAUACAAGAUCCUAUAUCGCCUGGCUCUGGGAGGCCCCGAAGAAAUGGUUCAAGUAUCUGGACAGACUUUUAACACUGUACUGAAGAAUCUUCAGUCUGACUCUGUGUAUGCUGUCACUGUAGUGCCGGUAUACGCCACAGGAGACGGCAAAGCCCUGACUGAGAACGGAAAGACUUUGGUGCGCAGCCCUCCCAGGAACAUCCAGGUUUUCAACCCCACAACAAACACCCUGAAUGUGCGCUGGGAGCACGCUUCAGGUCCUGUGCAGCAGUACAGAGUCGAGUAUUCCCCACUUACCGGAACUCGCCCAACCCAAUCAGUCCUUGUACCAGGGAAUACUAAUACUGCCCUGUUGGAGCAGUUAUUGUCGAACACGGAUUAUAAUGUUGGAGUAGUGGCUAUCUAUUCUGAUGGAGAGGUUGCAGCAGUGAAGGAUAAUGGCAAAACACUGCCCCGCAGUGGCCCGAGAAACAUGCGCGUCUAUGACCCCACUACCAACACUCUGACUGUUAGCUGGGAGCAUGCAGCUGGGCCUGUGCAGCAGUACCGAAUCAGCUAUGCACCAACCACUGGGGAUCCCAUCGAGGAGUUUACAAGUGUUCCUGGCAACAGAAACAACGUCAUCUUGCAGAAUCUGCAGCCAGAGACACCUUACCUAAUCAAUGUGGUGGCUAUGUACCCUGAUGGAGCUGGAGGAGAGCUUUCUGGGGAUGGACACACAUUGGGGCUUUUGGGGCCACGAAACCUGCGCGUGUCCGAUGAAUGGUACACUCGCUUCCGUGUUUCCUGGGAUGCUGCACCUGCCAGGGUCAAUGGCUACAAGCUGGCCUAUGCCGUGGAGGGUACUGACCAGUUCAAUGAGGUAUUUGUUGGAGAUGUGACCACCCAUAUGCUGCAUAUGCUCCAGCCUGGCACCACAUACGAUCUGAAGGUCUUCGCUCAGUAUGAUGCCGGCCCCAGUGGUCCUCUUGUUGGCCAAGGAACUACCUUGUACCUGAAUGUUACUGACCUCGUAACAUACAACGUUGGCUAUGACUCAUUCUGCAUUAAGUGGACUCCACAUCGAGCUGCUACCUCCUACAGACUCAAAGUCAACCCUUUUAUCCCCUCUAACAGUGGAGCCCAGGAGGUCACCAUCACAGCUGCAGAAAGCCAAUACUGCUUUGAUGGCCUGACCCCUGAUGCGCUCUACAAUGCCACUGUGUACACGCAGACUCCGAACCAGGAAGGGCCCGGAGUCAGUGUAAAAGAGCGCACUUUGGUGAAGCCCACUGUAGCCCCUACGCUGCCUCCUACGCCUCCUCCUCCUCCUACCAUCCCCGGUGCCCUUGAGGUGUGCAAAGGUGCUAAGGCUGACCUGGUGUUCCUCAUUGAUGGCUCUUGGAGUAUUGGGGAUGAGAGCUUCAGUAAGGUGCUUCAGUUUGUGUUCAGCAUGAUUGGAGCUUUUGAUGUUGUCAGCCAUGAGGGCAUGCAGGUGUCCUUUGUGCAGUAUAGUGAUGAUGCCAAGACCGAGUUCAAAUUGAACACAUACCACGACAAAGGAAUGGCUCUGUCUGCUGUGCGGAUGAUCAACUACAGAGGAGGAAACACCAAAACAGGUGCUGCUCUGAAGCACGUUGGAGAAAAGGUCUUCACCUCAGACAGUGGUAUGAGGAGGAAUGUUCCAAAGGUUCUGGUUGUUGUCACUGAUGGACGUGCUCAGGAUGAUGUUAAGAAGAGUGCCUCCAAACUGCAGCAUUCAGGUUACAGUGUGUUCGUUGUGGGUGUUGCCGAUGUGGACCUGGUGGAGUUGAGGAACAUUGGCAGCAAGCCCAGCGAGAGACAUGUCUUCAUUGUUGACGACUAUGAUGCGUUUGCAAAGAUACAAGACAACCUCAUUACGUUUAUCUGUGAAACAGCAACAUCGACAUGUCCUCUGAUCUACCUGGAUGGAUUUACCUCACCAGGCUUUAGGAUGCUUGAAGCCUUUAACAUCACUGACCGGACCUUCGCUGGUAUGAAUGGAGUGUCUAUGGAAUCUGGCUCCUUCAACAGUUUCAUCACCUAUCGACUUCACAAGGAUUCAUUCAUCUCACAGCCCACAAAGGAAAUACAUCCAGAUGGUCUACCUCCGUCCUACACCCUUAUACUUCUCUUCCGCCUCCUUCCUGACACCACCAAAGAUGCAUUUGAUCUGUGGCAGAUUUCCGAUAAGAAUGACAACCCUGAAGUUGGGCUUACUCUUAACCCUUCCAGCAGGACCAUUACAUUUUACAACAAGGACACUAGAGGCGAAAUCCAGAAAGUAACCUUUGACAACAAUCAUGUCAAGAAGAUAUUCCACGGAAGCUUCCACAAGCUUCACAUCUCCAUCUCACCGAAAAACGUCAAGCUGAACAUCGACUGCCAAGAGGUUGCAGAGAAGCCGAUUAAAGAGGCUAACAACAUCACCACGGAUGGCUAUGAAGUCCUUGGUAAAAUGGCAAAGUCUGGUGGUGGAAAGAAACAGUCAGCCACAUUCCAGCUCCAGAUGUUUGAUAUUGUCUGCAGCUUGGGCUGGACAAGUCGAGACAAAUGCUGUGACCUGCCAGCAACGAGAGAUGAAGCUAAAUGUCCAGCCCUCCCUCACUCCUGCACAUGUGCUCAGGAUAGCGUAGGCCCUCCAGGGCCUGCUGGUCCUCAGGGUAACCCUGGUACGAAAGGCCCACGUGGUGAUAGAGGAGAUUCAGGCCCUACGGGUUCAAUGGGCCCACGUGGAGAGCAAGGUCUUCCAGGCCCAAUGGGACCACCAGGUCCGCAGGGUCCCAACGGACUCUCUCUUCCCGGAGAACCUGGACGGCCUGGACCUAAAGGAGACCCUGGUGACUCAGGAAUACCUGGACAGAGAGGCCCUGUUGGCGCUUCUGGCCCACUUGGUCCUGUUGGGCCAGCUGGACCAAGGGGACCACCAGGACCAGAAGGCCCGUCUGGACCUAGAGGCCCAACUGGACAAAUGGGAAGCCCAGGAGCUCCUGGAAUGCCAGGAAAUAGUGGAAAACCUGGUAAAGCUGGAGAACCAGGACUCCCAGGAAAUGCUGGAAUAAAAGGAGAAAAGGGUGAAAGAGGAGAUUCAUCCUCUCAAAACAUGAUGAGAUCCAUUGCGAGACAAGUCUGUGAACAAAUAGUUAACAGACAAAUGAGCAGAAUCGACAUGAUGCUGAACCAGAUCCCCACUGGAUACCGUAACAACAAUCCUGGUCCUGCUGGGCCUCCAGGACCUCCUGGAAACCAAGGACCUCGUGGAGAACCAGGACAGACUGGACGCAAUGGUUUCCCUGGAAAUCCUGGUUUACCAGGACCUCAAGGAGAAAGAGGGUUGACAGGAGAGAAGGGUGAGAGAGGCAGUCCAGGCAUUGGCGAUCGAGGACAAAGAGGAUUACCUGGACCACCUGGGCCACCAGGCCUGUCCCAGACUGGCCCCCCUGGUCCUACAGGCUCAGCUGGACCCCGUGGCCCACCAGGACGCCAGGGUGGUGCAGGAGUUAGAGGGCCACCCGGGCCUCCUGGUUACUGUGAUUCCUCUCAGUGCGUUGGCAUUCCUUACAACGGGCAAGGAUACCCAGGUUCGGCAUAGUAUUCUUUCUAAGCUGCCUGCCCUUAAACAUUGAAAUCCUCAAAAAAAAAAACUGUGUCUGAGAGAUCAGCACACUUGCUAAUAAGCUUUUAAGGGUAACCAUCAUGGAUUUCAUUAAUGAACAUUUGCUGACCAACUCUAAAACCAAAUCAAACCAAAGAAAGGACUGGACUGCCACUAACACCAGCUGACCGCUACUCUAUCAGGCAGGCAACAGUGAUGGCCACGUACAGUGGCCUGAUGCAUCUUGAACUCCAAAGCAACAAACAGCAAGAGUGAGCUUCCUUUGCUGAAGAAGCAUGUAAACUACUAACCAUGAAGAUUUCAUAACUGAGUUCACCAGUGGAUGGGGGGUGAGGUGUAAAUAAACUAAUUGUGCCUUGUAAAUGAGUUUCAAUUAAACAGACAACUAAAAUGGUUUAACAUCCAUCAUCAAGCUUGUGCCUCAUAACUUGCUUCUUGCUGACUGCCAACAUAACCUUUAUACCUUUAAUUCCAUUAUUAUUUUCUUUUUUUUUGCUUUCAUUGACGAUUAAAGCCUCCGCUCAGGUGAAAAAUGUAGCAUGUGCUAUUUGUACAUGUAACCAUGCUUUUCUUGAUACAUGUUUUGCUAAAUGCUGUGUUAAAAAUAAGUCACAUUUUGCUCUUGUUGUUAUUGUAAUUUAUCUUAUACUGUAAUACCUCGGUGUGUUAUGAGAAAGAGCACUUUUGGCUCUAUGAAAAGUGGUGGUAUAGUCUUAAUUUGACAUGAACACUAGAAAACUGGUUCUAGUUUUUUUCUCUUUCUUUGAUAUGCUAAGUGAUAGAUUAGUUUCAUAAUAUAGAACCAUCAUUGACUGUCAACACUUAUCAGCUGCAUGUAGUGCAAAUGAAAUUUUGUCCAUAUCUCAGCCAGCUAUUAAAAAGCACACUGCAUAUGUUGAAUUGGCCAAAUAAUAUUUCCAACCAGGCCGCUACCCAUCUGAGCCUGAAACCUACGUAGUGCCAAUUCCGGCGGAACCAUCAGAAGAUACUGUGACAGAGAUUCAGUCCCCCGGUUUACGAAACCAGCGCGGAAAGAGAUCACUAUCAACACGGCAAGCUAAAAGGUUAUAAACAGAAACCAAGAAGGAAGUAUCUUUAAAUUUCAUUUGCAUGAAGGACAACAUCUGAAACUGAAUGUCAUUAUUGGAUCAGGAUUCAUGCAUACACAAAUCUUUAACAAGGUUAAGUGGAAAUAAGGCUGAUAUUCAACCCUCAUUUCCUGUAUAGAAACCUGUGUGCUCUCUCACUGUCCCCAAACAUUUUUAUUUUCAUUUAUUUUUUGGCUUGUAACAUAACUGCCUUUUAUGUUUAUAUGAGACUCAUGUGCAGUGCACUAACUCUAAAUCAGUAUUCAACGGCCUUUUAUUUUUUUAAAUCGAACCUAUUCCUAUCAGUGCAGUUUGUUCUUUUGUUAUGCCUUCCUUGUCAUCAGGGAAGGCUAUUAGUUGUAAUUCCAUCCUCAUUUUAAAGACCUUGUUAGAUCUGGCUUUUGUUUCAUUAUUCUAAAUAUUUAUCUGUUGUAUACCAACUCACAGCUCAUUUGUACCAAAGAUGGAAUUGCAUGACUGUGUUGUAUAUUUAGUAAGUACAUUUUAAAAACAGAAUAUAGUUUUUCCUUUUGUUUUAUCAAUCUCAAAAGCAGUUGGAAUUUGUUGCAAGACUAUGGUCAUAGAAUUGCUCCGUUAUGUUUUAACUGCACAUUGUGAAUUCCACAGCAUUUUUUUCUUAUUUAUUUCUGAAUCAGAAGAGGCAUUUUUCAAUAAAACUACUGAAAAUGUUUAA